GUCUUUGAUUUCAUUUAAUUUUAUUACUUUUUUUUUAUAUAUUUCUUUUGGGCGCAGAUGGAUGACAAUGCCAAGCGCGAACGCCUAGAGUGAAAAAUUCCCCUGAUUCCCAUAUCCGCUCCAUCAUUGUUUUGAUGACCCAGAAAUCUGGAUGAUUUCUUGCUAAUAAUAUGACAUAAACCUGCAACUAUCUACACAUGAGCUAGAAAAAUUGAUUUAGCUGAGAAGCUGGUUGGUUUUUAUUUAGAUUGGAAGCAAUUAGAAAGAUCCUGAUGGGUUCUGCAUUGAGCCUGAAUGGCUCGAAGACCAGAUUUGAGGAGCACUCUGAGAUUUCAGUGGAUGAAACCUGCAAGAGGCAAAGACUCUCAUCAAGCAUUUCUGAGGGGAAUGAAAACGUGAGACUGAUUCCCAACCUUCCUGAUGAGAUAUCAUUCCAAAUUCUUGCAAGAGUUCCUAGAAUUUUCUAUUUGAAUAUGAGGUUGGUGUCUCGGAGCUGGAAAGGUGCUAUUAUGAGUACUGAACUCUUCAAUUUGAGAAAAGAGCUUGGAACGACAGAAGAAUGGCUCUACAUAUUAACGAAGAUCAAAGAUGAUAAGCUGUUGUGGUAUUCUUUGGAUCCUUUGUCCAGGAGAUGGCAAAGAUUGCCACCAAUGCCUAAUGUUGCUCAUGAAGAUGGUUAUAGAAAGGGUUUCUCAGGCCUUCGGAUGUUGAACAUGGUGGGGUCAAGCAAUAAAAUUGCAGAUGUCAUAAGGGGUUGGCUUGGGAGGAGGGAUGAAUUGGACCGAAUCCCAUUUUGUGGUUCUGCUAUUGGGACUGUUGAUGGUUGCCUCUAUGUGUUAGGGGGAUUUUCUAGAGCUUCAGCCCUUACGAGUGUCUGGCGAUAUGAUCCAGUUCAAAAUGGAUGGAGUGAAGUGAGCCCUAUGUCCAUUGGUAGAGCUUAUUGUAAGACAGGUGUCUUAAAUAAUAAGCUUUAUGUCGUCGGAGGAGUUACCAGAGGUCGUGGUGGAUUGAUCCCUCUUCAGUCUGCUGAAGUAUUUGAUCCUCGUACAGGCGUAUGGUCUCAAAUACCAAGCAUGCCUUUUGCAAAAGCGCAAGUACUACCCACUGCCUUCCUGGCUGAUUUGCUCAAGCCCAUUGCAACUGGAAUGACAUCAUACAAGGGAAAGUUAUUUGUGCCCCAGAGUUUAUAUUACUGGCCUUUUUUUGUUGAUGUAGGAGGAGAGGUUUAUGAUCCUGAGACAAAUUCAUGGUUUGAAAUGCCUGUUGGCAUGGGUGAGGGUUGGCCUGCUAGGCAGGCGGGAACAAAAUUGGGUGCCAUAGUCGACGAAGAGUUAUAUGCACUAGAUCCUUCAAGUUCUGCAGAUAUUGCUACAAUCAAAGUAUAUGAUUACCAAUGUGAUUCUUGGAAAGUUGUUUCCACAGAUGUUCCCAUUCAUGACUUUGCUGAGGCAGAAUCUCCUUAUUUACUUGCUUCGUUUCUCGGGAAGCUUCAUGUGAUCACUAAAGAUGCCAAUAACAACUUCACAGUCCUGCAGGCUAACAUGCAAAAUCAUUUACACUCUUUUUCGUUGACUCCAUUGUCUCCCUUAGGAAACAACUCCUCUGAACAAACUGAAUCAGCAGCAGAAUCAGAAACAGAUGUUUGGAAGGUCAUUGCUGCCAUGAGCGCGGGGGCUUGUGAGCUGGUUAGUUGUCAGAUCCUUGGCAUCUAAUGCUAUAUGGAGCUAGAAAGUUGCACUCUAAUGAUUUUACUGUUGGAAUCUGUACUUUUAAAUGUUGGUUGAUAUAAUCAUCUUCACAUUUCUGACUUAUUUUGUGACCACAAGUUUGAUUCAUGUUGGUUUUGGAACACUGGGGAAAUGACAGGUGAUAUUACUUUAUCAGCAUUAUUUGUGAUCUGUGGCUAUUCUUGGUGAAGGUGGGGCCUCCUACUGAUCUUUAUCUUUACUUGGAAAUGAUAAAAAUCUGGAGUUCUCUAGCAUAUGUAUGGAGUAAAGAAGAUGAAAUUGUAAAAAUAAUGAAUUUUAUGGUGUUGCUUCUCUAAUUUAAGGACAAGGAAUCCAAGGUUGCUUUCAGUUUGUC